GUUUGUCUUUUGCAUCUUGGCAAUCCUCUUCCACCAAAAGUUUCUUGAACAGUAAAUAGAUUCAAUAAUGGAUUCUCGUCCACUCCCACCAGGCUGGAUAACCCAAUGGGAUCCAAACUACCAACGCUACUUUUUCGUCGACACGACAACCCAAACAACAACCUGGACCGACCCCCGCACAAACCAUCCACCAUCCUACUACCCCCCUUCCUACCCAGCACCCCACCACACACCUCCACCCCAAUACACACCACAACCAAGUACAUACAUUCCCCAACAACAACACCAACAACAACAAUAUGCACCACAGUACCAACAAGCCAAGCCAAUGGGAAUGCCAAUGGGGAUACCCGGCAUGUCGACACACCAUGGUUCUAGUGGGAUGGGUAUGGCGGCUGGUGCGUUGGGUGGUGCGGCGGGUAUGUAUGCCUUGUCGGGUAUGUUGCGUCCGCAUCAUGGGUUUGGACAUGAUAAAAAGUGGAAGAGGAAGGGAUUCAAGGGGUUCAAGGGACCCAAGUGGGGUGGUAAGUGGGGAGGAAAAUGGAAGGGCGGCAAGUUUGGAAAGUUUAAAGGAGGGUUUUUUAAAUGAGUUUUUGAUUGGUGUUGAAUGGUGUGGUGGUUUGUGAGGAAUGCAAAGUUGAGUGUAUGGCGAGAUUUUUUUUUUUUUAUCUGUAAUACGAUUGCAGUAAAAUACAUACUAUACACUUUAUAUACCCAA